AUGAGAUUAAGACUGUUCACUCUACUGCUGGUGGUCGCUGCCAAUGGAGGUUUUCUGAGUAAGAUCAAAGAAACAUUCACUGGUGAAGGCAGCAUCGGUCAAAGACUGAAGAACGCAACAAUUAUCACUGGUCAGAAGCUGAAGAAUGCAAAAGUCGCUGGUUUUACAAAGAUCUUCGAUGAAGGUUUCCUCAAGAUCCGUGAAAAGUUCAGACGCCUGAAGGAGAAAGUGGUGAAGACAUUGAAGCUAACGGCGGAACAGUUGAAGUCACUUCAAGAAAGACUCAAGAGAUGGCGGCCCAUCAAGAACGAUAAAGUCGCAGAGAAGGGAGACUCCAUCGAUGAGAUCAAUGACAAUAAUCACAUUGCUGAAGAUCUGUAACAAGGGGACGUGGUUCUGACAACGCAGACUGGCUGAAUCAGUUCAAUAAAGAGACACCACAGACCAACGACAACUACGGAAUGACGUACGAUUACGGUAGUCUCAUGCACUAUGGAGGAACUAGUGCAUCGUUCAACAAAAAGCCAACAAUGGUGCCGUUCGAUGUCAACUAUCAACAAACUCUUGGUUCUCCAUUCAUUUCAUUCAUCGAACUGUCCAUGCUCAACGAACACUACAAAUGCAAAGAAAGAUGCGACCCACGUACAUCAGUUAAAUGUGAAAUGGGCGGCUUCCCUCAUCCUCGAGACUAUGAAAAAUGCAUUUGUCCUGGUGGUUAUGGCGGAGCUCGAUGCACAGAAAGGCCAUCAGGAUGCGGCGAAAAAAUUCAAGCUUUUACGAAAUGGGUGACACUUGAAGAUGUUGUUGAUAACAACCGUGAAAAUGAAGACUUCCUGACAUGUAACUACUGGAUUGAAUCCCCAGUCGGAACCGAUAUUCAAGUUAGACUGCUGGAUUUCACGAAAGGUCUUUCUGUUGACGGAUGCAAAUAUGCCGGCGUGGAGAUCAAAACUAAUAAGGAUUAAACACUCACCGGUUACAGGUACGGCUGCGAUCGGCUUGAUAAUUUUGAGGACAUAUAUGUGA